AAUACGUUUGUUCGCUAGUAUAAAUUGGUUAUUUUAAUAGAGUUUUGAACUAUAACCCGUCAUAUAAAACCAAAAUAUUGUUUCUUUUUAGUACUCAAGUGAUCAUAAAUUUUUACUUGCCAUACAGUUCAAUUUAUUUAACGCGACGCAUCAUUGGCUUCCCGUAAAAGUGUUUUAGAAGUGUAUCAUUUCCUGUUUCAUAUCAUACAGAAACAAGCAACUGCGAUCGCUAGCAUAUUCUUUUCGUUAUCACGUGCGCGGCGAGCGGCUCCGCGCUGUGUAUAUGGUGCAUAGAACCGGCGGGAGACUGAUAAUGGUUGCCACGAAUUGUGUUGCAGUGGUUACAGUGUUGUGAAGUAGUGUUGAGUGUUGUUACAUAAGGGGAAGAUGGUUAAUUUAGAGAGCCCGCCCUGACGCGCCUAGCGGCGUCAGCGACGGGCGGCGCCCGGGUCAUGGCCCCGGCGCUCUCCGUCGCUUCCCAAGAUCACUUCGAAACGAUUGAAAACUUCGAGAAGCCUCCUAGACGGGCGCUCGCGUCCGUCGACAACCUCGCAACACACAUGGAGGAAGAAAUGGGCCUCCAAAACCAACCUAGCCUCGCUAAGGACUCGCAAGAAAUGGAACAAAUUUUGGUCGACUUGGGCAGUAGUGAUAUCGCUCAAGCCGACCUUCUCCAAGCUAUCAAGACUUUAGAAUCUGGCGGCGAUGCACUCUCUACGGGCGAAACUGAUGCCAUUUUUCCGUUAUCUGGCUUCGAUUUGACUGAAAAUGUUGAUUCUGAAGGCGAUACCACCGAGGACAAAAUUAAACUCCUCCAAGUGAGGUUAGAAAGACGUUGCGCUUUUUUGCAGCGGCGAUUACGAAUACUACAGGCUAGAGCUAUAGGCAAAAGAAUAUCGGAGGAGGUGGCUCAGACAUUUGAGAAAUCCACCCGCGGUGCCAGGAAAGAUGGUGGAGGAAGACCAAUGGGUUUAAAAGCUUUCUUGAAGAAAAUUGAGACCAGUGCUACAUUACAAGCAAGUGCUGCAUCUAGAACGGUUGUUGGGCCUAAAUAUUACAGUGCCAGUACAUCUAGAGGGGAUGCGUCAAGAUCUGCGUCAAUUGGGAUAUCAUCAGGAACAUUGGCGGGCUUGGAGGACACAGCAGGAGCUUUGCGUUCACACUUGUCCAUGGUUAAAGUGCAACUGGACUCAGAUGCCACAGCAUCAUCCUCUGGAGCAGAGAGCAAUGACGAGGCUGUUAGUUAUAACAAUCCCCAUCAGGAAAAAAUGGCAAUUGAGAAACGAGCAUUGUGGUCAUGGCAGAAGGCGAGAGCUUCAAUCGCAGCACGCUGGUGUUGGCUGCAGGCACAGGUCCAAGAGUUGGAGUACAAGAUACGGCAGCACAAUGAACUGCACAAGCAGGUCCGUGAAGCAAAAGGAUCUGUGCAGUUGGAAGGUGAACCAGUAGGCUAUGAGGGUUCGUUGCCGGGAGACGACGGCGUGGCGACCUGCGCCCGAGUGCGUCCCCUGAGGAGGGACACUUUCAAGAAGAGAAAGUUGUUGCAGAUGCACAAUCUGCAUAUUGCAACUCCUAAGGCUGCUAAACCUUCGGAUGUAAAAUGCAGCUGCCGACACCCGAUGGAGAGCUGCGCGGUGUGCACGGGGCGCGCCGAGGCCACGCAGCCGCGCUGCUGGGCUGCGCUACCGCCCGCACAGCGCGUAGCCCUCGUUGACCCUGGGUACCAUCCUGUGCUCAGUGACGUCAAAGACAUCUCGCCUGCGAUCCACAUGAGCGCGCUAACAUCGCGGCCGUGGUUCCGGUCGCGAUGCAACAAGGCGUACCGCGGCGCGCACCACGCCGGCCCGCCGCGUGCCAACCACAACACCGCACCAACCACCGCACCAGCCACCGUCACCAGCCCACACAACAAUUCUAACACCAUUAUCAAGAAACAUCCCACAAGAUUGAAGCGAGGUAGACCUCCAUUAUCAAGAAAAAUUAAAGAAAAGGAAAGAGAAGAAGAUAAUUCAACAUCCGGGAAAGAAAGAUGUCGCGGUCGUUCGAGCACGGAGUCUCGCGCACGUCGUCCUUCCUACGACAUCGAUAACAUCGUCAUCCCGCAAAGUGUCGCUGCCAACACGCGACCAGAAAUACUCACCUACAAGGAAAUCAUCACCCCCAAAUGGAGAGUUCUCGAGUUACCCGAGGUCCCACUCAAUAAUGGUAUUAGCAAGUCCAGUCGAAAGUCUGAAGAUAGUGAGGAGGAAGACAUUUCGGAAGCGGCGAUGGUAGCGCGGCACUCGCGCGCUGAAGUGAGCGAACGCAGUCGGUACAUGCGCAAGCAGCGCUCACGUCGCUCGAACCACGAGGAUCCACAAGCCCAGUCUCUUCCCCAGUCCCAAACUAUCUCCCAGACCCACACAAUGUCCCAUUCCGAGACAAUAUCCCAGACCCGGACAAUGUCCCAAUCCCAGACAAUCUCCCAGACUCAGACAAUGUCCCAGUCCCAAACAAUAUCCCAGUCCCAAACAAUAUACCAGUCUCACUCCAUACCCCAGUCGCAGAGUAUUUCCCUGUUGCUACCCCAGCACCCCGAUCCAGCGCCGUCGCCGCAACGAGUACACGAGACAGUGAGACCGUACUCACCAAGGCGUUUCCCUUUAUCCGAGGCGACUUAUCAAGAAAUGCUGGCGACCAUGCCGCCCGAGUACCGCCCCGCCAGUCCACCGACCCACUGGGGUAGCUCCUCGCACUCCGGUUUCGAGGAUGUAGAUAUGGAGGACGGCAGUAGUCUCUCCCCAAUGUCUCCGCUGAUCUUCGAUGGAGACGACCCUGAUGACGCCGAGUGGAACCCCGGUUCAGAACGAGUGGAAAGACGGAAAAGUGGCUUCAGAUGAAGAUAAAUAAUUACAAAGUGUUUAUAAUUCAAAGUGUCAGUGUUAUGGUGAGAUAGUGAUGGUUAAAUUUAACUAGUGUUUAAAUUGUUGAUACAUUGAUGUCCAUUGUCUACUGAAACCAAGCUUUUUGCAGUUAACUUGUACUAUUUGAUUGUAAACACGUUAGCUGCUAGAAUGAUUUUUCGAAAAACGAAAAAAAUUGACCUGCUGUUUAUAAGCUUUAUGGGGCCUUGCAGGUCACGCUGUAUACAACAAUUCGAUUAAAAAGCGUCCGACAAGCCACAGCGUGGUGUUGUAUGGAAGUAGGGCUUGUCGGACAUAUAGUCCGACAUGGUAGCUAAAGUGUUAACGAAAAGUCUGCAAUCUCUGUCUAUCUCCUAAGUUCAAUUUUAGUCUGGUCAAGUAGAUUAAAGAUGUUUAAAUACCUUGAAUCAAAAUGAUUGUGCCGUCAGAGAAUGCAAGCUAAGUUUGAUAAAAUCACUCAAAAACUAUUAUGGACACAAAAAAUUCAGGCUAUUGGAAAAAAAGUAGAUAAUUUGGUAAUUACAAGAUACCACUCAAAAAUAAAUUUUAUAUUUGUCAUGUUAAAAUAUAAAUUGAUCAAACAGUGAGUUAAAUGUUUUCACUAUCAUUAUUAUAAACAAUAAAUACAUGGUCAUAAUUCAGUUAACUUUGGCACUUUAGCACCCAAUUUAUGUAUUUCUUUGUUAUGUGUAACUUUUACAACAAUUUAUCCCAAGCUAAUGUGUUAGAUACAAAAUAAGAGAUACUUUGUAAAAACAAUAUAAAUUUUGAUCUAAUUCCUGACAUGUGACAAAUAAGGGUUUACGGCAACACUUUUUUAAAUAU